AUGUCGCGCCAAGUCUCUCUUAUGGGGAAUGGGACUGCCCAGCCAGCAUGUGUCCCUAAAAACUUUGACCUGCUUCCAUUUCCUUCCCUCCGGGUCCGACUGCACCCUGUUCCGUUGAUGACUAUUCUGGAUGCGUACAUUCGUCGGGAUGAGGGCCAGGAGAAUGUCAUUGGCACGCUUCUCGGCUCGUGCUCAGAUGGAAACCUAAUCGAUGUUACAGACUGCUUUGUGGACAGGCAUUCUUUGACAGGCGAGGGAUUGCUGCAAAUUAUCAAGGACCACCAUGAGAGCAUGUUCGAGCUCAAGCAGCAGGCAAAUGGAGGCAAUGGUGGCGUGAGGGAGGUGGUUGUUGGUUGGUUUUGCACGGGCAGCGAAAUGACAGAGUUGACAUGCGCUGUCCAUGGCUGGUUCAAGCAAUUUUCCUCCGUAUCCAAGUUCUUCCCUCAACCGCCUUUGACCGAGCCAAUACAUCUAAUGGUCGACGCCGUUAUGGAAAGCGGAAGUUUUGCUGUGAAAGUUUACACACAGGUGCAGAUGACAAUGGCAAGGGAGGCAUGCUUCCAGUUCCAUGAACUUCCAUUAGAGUUGUAUGCAACUCCCUCUGACCGUAUUGGUUUACGGCUGCUACAGAAGGUGCGCACGGGGAGCCAUCGCAGUCAGCCUGUACCCCCAGAGGCAUUGACCGAACCAGCGGCUGAGGGGGUGCCCCUUUCAGAUAUGCGGGACGGCCUGAAUGCUGAGCUGGAACAGCUGCAGGAGAAGCUCUCUAUUUGUUCGUCGUACGUCCGCAGUGUGCUGAAUGGUGAGACGUGUCCCGAUCCUGAAGUUGGCCGUUUUCUUAGCUCUGCACUCAGUGGGACGGCGGAACCAGAGCUCGAGAACUUUGAACAGCUGUGCCAGAACACACUGCAAGACAGCCUCAUGGCGGCUCACCUUGCGCGCCUAACAAAGCUGCAAUUCGCUGUCGCACAAAAGCUCAGCAAUUCAUUCUUUUGA